UGCAAGAUCUUUUAAAAAAUCAAAAACAAUGGAAAAAACAAAUCCAAGUUGAGCGUCGACAAGAAUUAAAAAAAUUAGAAGAAACUGAACGAAUUUUAUCUUUAUCAUCUGAACAAGAGUUUAUUACACCUGAAUAUCGACAGCAAAAACGCGAAGCAGGAAUUCGAAAUUAUAAAAAGUUUCAAUCAAUGAAACGUCAAGAAGGAUUUAAUCAUUUAUUGAGUUUAUAUCAUGAUGCUUCAACUUUUGUAACUCUAGAUAACUUGGACGCCAAAAUAGAUGAGGCUUUUACUAAUCCACAUCCUAAAAAUGUUUAUACACAUGCAUUAGAAGAUAUGCAAAUUGAAUAUCAAGAAACUAGUGGUGGUGUUAAUGAAAAUGAGAUUUUAAAAAGGUUGGGUCAAAUUAAAGAUAUUUUAGAUGGAACGUCUCAUUCUGGAGUUCAUCUAGGAUUAGAUAUGAUAGAUUCACCCAUUGAACCUAUUGAAGAGCACGAGCAAUCGAAGAAAUCAUCUGUAAAUUGA